GGCAGAACUCCGACGAAAUGGUCUUCUUGAUAGGUUGUGUUAUAAGUCAGGAGGAUAAUAUAAAAGGAGGCGAAAGAUUCUGCUACCAUCUCGCUAUCCCUCCAACAGCUUCAGCCUCUUGUCUAUCAUUUCCAUCAAGAAAUUUUAAUACAUUACGUCACAGAAACUUCGGGGUCAUUUAUUUCUUUAUAUUCUACACAUCGUUCUUUGAAUCCUCGUUCUCGUUGUGGCCAGGAAAUUUGCAAAAGUACUGCCGGAUCAGGGCCAUCAUGGCCAUGCCUUCAGUCUCUAACUCUUCAAAUUGCAACGGUGAAUGGCAGUACAUACAUUGUAAAGUUGUCAAAAGCCCGCAAGGGUUAUCCAGUAUUCUCACAAGCCUUUAUGGGCCGGGGAAGUUCUCUGUUGAAACAAGGCAAAAUGUGUACUGCAUAAGAGCAGCGGAUUCAACCGUUCCGCUGGAUCUUGCUCGCCCUGACGUGAGGGAUUCCUUGAACGGGAAGGUUUGCCUAUGACUAAAUGACUAAGCUGCCUGUCGGUAACUUGGAUGGAAAUCAAAGUGCUAUUUCAAAGUAUCACUUGCUAAGAAGAAGAAUCGCAGUAUUUCCUUGUUAUGUGUUGAAGAAUUUGAAUUUCGUGGCCAGUCCAUAGCUAUGGCAGCGAGAGAGUUAGCCGUAAAAUCCUGAGUGUGAUUCGUGUUUUUCUCCCGAGAUGAGAGUGACGCGUGACACGGUCAUUUUCAGCUGCUGACGACAGAAAUCGACCAAGGAUGCGGAGACAAGUUCUCUAUCUGGCCGAAAGCCCUAAAGAUAAAUCACGUUUCUCUGAUUGCUCGCCUGAUCAAGGCGGUAAUUACCUCUACAUGUAUGGAUAUCCCUAGAAACAUGGUACAACACCCGAUAUGCGAACCAAUAGCAG